AAAGAACUUAAUUUUGGGAAAAAUUAAAACAUAUCAGAAAGAUUAUUAACUCUUAAGUAGAUAAAAAAAGUUUGCAAAGUUUUGGCCAUAGUUACAUGAUUUAAUACAAGAGAAGAACACGAAUCUUGAUACUAGACGUGGCAUUUUAUGGAGCUUAUGCUUGAUGAACGGUUCAGAUUGAAUCACAAGUGUUUAACGAUAACCGUCGAUCUCAUCCGUACCUAACGAUCCUGUUCGUAUCCUCCAUGGCGACUCUGAUCUCCUCGUCUCCGCUGGCGCUAUGGAAGCGGGCCACCCCUUCCCGGCCGCCGGCUCGCCGGAGAAAUCCACCGCCGUUCCUCUGCUGCAAGCUCAAUUCGCGAGAACACGCGCCAGUUCUAGGGUCUGAGAGGUUGGAUCAUCUGGGUCUUCUCUCCCAUUCUUCCGUGUCUCCUCCCGUUAGAGCUCCAGAGCUUCUUCCCGGCCCGGAACUAGGGCUUCUCUCCGUUCUAUUCGUUCUCACUGCGGUUGUAGGAUCAUUUUUCACAUUGACCAUCAUCUCCUUUCCUGCAAAGAACGCCUUUAGAAGGUUGAAAGUAUCAAGUGAGAAAUUGUCCAAAGUAGUAUCUGAAGAAGUACCGGGCACUUUAUCUUCUCUAAGACUAUCUGGAAUGGAGAUUAACGAUUUGACUUCUAAAUUGAGCAAUCUAAGGAACAUAUUAUCUGGAAGGCAGCACAGAAAGAAAGAAAGAACAGACAGGCGAAGCUCUCGUGGAGGAAGAAGUAAAUCUACAACUGAUACUGGAUAAAUAAUUAGAAAGCAUUGUUCAACAACCCGUAACAUUGAUCUUUAGGAAUUGCUGAUGCACAAUUAAGGCAAAGAAGAUGUUACUUAUUACUUUUAUUAAUUUUCUAUCAUCACUUGCGCUAGCUGUGUAUCUAAAUUCUUACUUAUCUUGUUGAUGUAUUCAUACUAUUAAUUGAUGAAAUGAAUGCUAUGCUAUCGAUUGUGCUAUAAUUUGGAGUUUUUUUUUUCUGGUUUGCCAAC